UUCAACUUUCCACCAUCACAAAAUUCAAAAAGGAAAUCAAAUUCUGGUGGUGCAUGGUACCAUAUUUCAUACUUUCUUCAUGACUCAACAGUACAUGUAUGACCCAUGUCCUAAUCUACCAAAACCCUCCUCCCUUUAACAAAACCAGUACUCAUGUUCAAAACAGAAAAGUUCAAAAGAAUUUCUAGACUAUUUGGAUCAUAUCACAGAGCUAAUUUUUGCCUUGAUUGCUUGGUCUUUCAUCUUCUGGAUUCUAGCAGUAACAAAAUGGCUACUAUUUUCCAUCUGCUGGUUGUUACAACAGUGGUCUGCCUUGUAACUCCAACAGUAAUGUGUAAGCAUAACAAAGACUGCUCGAUCCAGGAAAUGGACCUGGCUCCAUGUUUCAGGCUCUCGAAUGUCCCCUUCUCCAUCGAGGAUUCGUGCUGCAAAGUCCUCAACAAAGCUGUGAAAUCAGGGUUCGACUGCUUGUGCUUGCUGCUGGGUUCCUCAACCCCACCUCUCUUGGCUUCAGCACUCUCUUUGAAGCUCUCGAACUGUCUCAUCAAAGUCCCUUCACUGAAUCACUGCGGUGCUGUUGUUCCAUUUCAGGCAAACAGGUCAACUGAGACUCCUCAUCGUAAACUUCCUAGGCCAUUUUUCCUGCCCCCGUCUCCUCCUCCUGACAAUGGAAGAAGAAACAGUACCACAGAGCCACCUCCUUCAGAGGAACCACCAUCUGCCAUUUCUAAUCGUCUCAUGACGGCCAAUGAGGCAGGAUCUAUCAAGAAAUCCUUGCACCAAAUUCUUCUGCUGUUUUUCGCAUUUCAAGCUUAUCAUCUGUUACUGAAUCGGGUCUGAAACUCAAGAAGAGUUCUUGAACAUUGUUAAUGGAAUCACAGACAUGGAAUUUUUGUGUCGAACCAGUGAAGCGCUAGCUACCCUUUCCCCAUUUUUAUUUUCUUUGCAAUUUUCUGGAAUUUGAAGAAUCAAAUCUAGCGUACUAUUUAUGAUACAAAAUAAUUAUAUUUUCUAAUUUCUAUCAUAAAUCGACAUCAAAUAAGUACCAAGAGAGAAUUGAUUCGUCCACGAAACGCCAACGUAGACACAGAGAGAGCGCUUCUCAAGCUAAGCAUGAACUGAUGACUUCUUGUUAGAGACUGCUAACCAGACAAAAGUAACCAAACCAAACCUUCUUCUACCACGAGUUUUAAGGGCUAAAAGAAAUGAGAAAACAAAGG